UCAAGAUUAAAUAAAAAGCAACAAUGAAUGUCGAUCAUGAAGUAAAAUUGCUGGUGGAGGAGAUUCAGCAGCUCGGCAGUAAAAGUGCUGAUGGUCAAACCAGAGUGAAGUUUGGGGUCCUGUUUAAUGACGACCGGUGUGCCAACAUCUUCGAGGCGUUGGUGGGCACCCUGAGGGCAGCCAAGAAGAGAAAGGUGAUCAAUUUUGAGGGCGAGCUGCUGCUGCAGGGCGUCCAUGAUAAUGUUGACAUCGUCCUGCUCCAGGAAUGAGGCCAAAGUUGGUAUCAGACGGUCUUCUGGCGACUUACUGAAUCCUCUCAAAUACCGAGCUUCUGCCAUCUACCGGCUUGUCAUUGAGCUUCUGUUUUCAGUUCUCUUCCUUCAUGUGCCGGCCUCAGUAUUUGAGU